AUGGAGCAUAAAAUUCUAAGCGAUUUUUUGCUUUCCCAAGGAACCUUCUCUUCAAUCGUUCAUCUUCAAGAAUGGAAAGAACUUUUCCCUCGUCGUUUUCGCGACGAACCUUUGCUUAUUGAGCUUUAUGACCGAUGUGCCAAACAGCAGCAAAAGCGAUUAGAGAAAAUUAAGGCCAACAUUGAGAUUGAAAGCCAAGUACUUGGAAAAAAUGAGAGAGACCAAAUGCUUCUUGCGAAUAUUAGAAGGUUCUUUCAAACAGCUGCUUCCCAAGCUUCUGAGCAAGACGAAUUUUAUACAAUGUAUGCUGCUAAACCGCUCGACAUCGCGGCUAUCAACCAACGUUUGGAGAAUGCACUGAAAAGCGUCAAAGCAGAGGUUAGCGUAGAACGCGAGAAAUACUCUACAUUAUCCUCUCAAUUAGACGCAGAGAUUGAUUCGCUAAAUGACUUAAAAUGGUCAAAGGAUCCUAGUUUAGAAGAGCCUAUAACUCUUUUUGAUGAUUUGAUUGAGCAAUUGGAGAAGCACUGCAAUGGAACAUCUUCUACCAGCAAUACUGAUGAGUUAGACUGA